GACUGAGCAGCCCGGCGCAAGCGAUAACAAACGGCUGGGGCAGCAAGCUUCCCUGCCCGGGCUCUGAGAGCACGCCGGCUCCGGGCCCCACGCGGAGCGCUCGUCCGUCCACCAUGAGGAAGAUCCGCGCCAAUGCCAUCGCCAUCCUGACCGUAGCCUGGAUCCUGGGCACUUUCUACUACUUAUGGCAGGACAACCGAGCCCAUGCAGCAUCCUCCGGCGGCCGCGGCGCGCAGAGGGCCGGCGGGAGACCAGAGCAGCUCCGCGAGGACCGCACCAUUCCGCUCAUUGUGACAGGAACACCCUCAAAGGGCUUUGAUGAGAAGGCAUACCUGUCAGCCAAGCAGCUGAAGCCUGGAGAGGACCCAUACAGACAACAUGCCUUCAACCAACUGGAGAGUGACAAACUGAGCUCAGACCGACCCAUCCGGGACACCCGCCAUUACAGUUGCCCAUCCUUGUCCUAUUCCUCGGAUCUGCCGGCCACCAGUGUCAUCAUCACCUUCCACAACGAGGCUCGCUCCACACUCCUGCGCACAGUGAAGAGCGUUCUGAACCGAACUCCUGCCAGCUUGAUCCAGGAGAUCAUCUUAGUGGAUGACUUCAGUUCGGAUCCUGAAGACUGUUUGCUUCUGACCAGGAUCCCCAAGGUCAAGUGCCUUCGCAAUGACAAGCGGGAAGGACUGAUCCGGUCCCGGGUUCGUGGGGCAGAUGUGGCAGGAGCCACAGUUCUCACUUUUCUGGAUAGUCAUUGUGAGGUGAAUGUGGAGUGGCUGCAGCCAAUGCUGCAGCGAGUGAUGGAGGACCACACCCGUGUGGUGAGCCCCAUCAUCGAUGUCAUCAGCCUGGACAAUUUUGCCUACCUUGCAGCAUCUGCAGAUCUUCGAGGAGGAUUCGACUGGAGUCUGCAUUUUAAGUGGGAGCAGAUCCCGCUGGAGCAGAAGAUGACCCGGACAGACCCCACUAAACCUAUCAGGACACCUGUGAUAGCUGGAGGAAUCUUCGUGAUUGACAAGUCCUGGUUUAACCACUUGGGAAAGUAUGAUGCCCAGAUGGACAUUUGGGGAGGAGAGAAUUUUGAACUCUCCUUCAGGGUAUGGAUGUGCGGUGGCAGCUUGGAGAUUGUGCCCUGCAGCCGAGUGGGCCACGUCUUCAGGAAGCGGCAUCCUUACAACUUCCCUGAGGGCAAUGCUCUCACUUACAUCAGGAAUACAAAACGGACGGCGGAGGUAUGGAUGGAUGAGUACAAGCAGUACUAUUAUGAGGCCCGGCCCUCCGCCAUCGGGAAGGCCUUUGGCAGUGUGGCCACGCGGAUCGAGCAGAGGAAGAAAAUGGACUGUAAGCCCUUCCGCUGGUACCUGGAGAACGUCUAUCCUGAGCUCACUGUCCCAGUGAAGGAAGCGCUCCCUGGUGUCAUUAAGCAAGGAAUCAACUGCUUAGAAUCCCAAGGCCAGAACACAGCUGGUGACCUCCUGCUUGGAAUGGGGAUAUGCAGAGGGUCUGCCAAGAGCCCUCCACCAGCCCAGGCAUGGUUAUUUAGUGAUCACCUUAUCCAGCAGCAGGGGAAGUGUCUGGCUGCCACCUCCACCUUAAUGUCUUCCCCUGGAUCCCCAGUAGUACUGCAAGCGUGUAACCCUAAAGAAGGCAAACAGAAAUGGAGACGGAAAGGCUCUUUCAUCCAGCACUCAGUCAGCGGCCUCUGCCUGGAGACAAAGCCGGCCCAGCUGGUGACAAACAAAUGUCAGACAGAUGCCCAGGCCCAGCAAUGGCAACUGCUGCCACACACAUGAUGGUAGCCCCCAGCCUCCUGUACCUUCUGCAUGAGACUUGGGGACUGGAAGGGGUUAGGGUGGGGGAGUGUCAAGCGGGCUAUUUCCUAUCUCCUCACAUUUCGACUGGAUCAUCAGCACAUACCCCUACCACGCAUUUCUCCAAAGCUCGUUCAGGUAGAGUGCAGGGGCGUGCUCCAUGCCCUCUGUGCCACCCCAGUCUUGCCCUGGGAGUCGAAAUGGUUAGUAUGCAGCUGUCCUGGGCAGAGACUUGGCAGCUGCUCCUGGCCCUUUGUCUUCUCCCUUGGCCCUUUUGGGGCUCCAGUCAGUGGUGUGUGGGCCUUGCCCAUGUUGCCUAAGGGGAACAAGGACAGAAACCUACAGAAGGGCCAAGUUGGGUCACAGGGCUAGCCUGAAGUCAACACAAGAGGACAGGUGGCAUCGUGUGUGAAGAGGCGAGGGCAGCUAGAGAAGAGGAAGGGUUGAGAGGCUCGGUCCAGGGGGUGGGAGAGGGAGGGAUGCAUCCUGAGAGCAGGGAUGGAGAUUCACAGAAGAAUGUGGAUAGAGAAGCAGCUAACUGUGAAGUGCCGGAAACCCAAGGUCUCUUCCCAUGACAUCACACUGUUCCUGCUUUGCCAGCCCCAGGCCCCAAGCCUGACAUAGGCCUGCAGCCUCUCUACGUGACCACAUUUUUAGCAAAAAGCUGGAGAGGGAUCUGGGGUAUAAUUUAUUUAAGUAGACUCCACUUCUGCUUUGCUAUAUGACAGGCCAAGACCUCACGCUCGGGCCUGUCCCCACUAAUGCAUCAUGUACCCUGAAAUAUCCUCGUCUUUGCUAACUGUUUUGGACUUCCUACUUUUUCAGAAGCCGUUGCCUCUGUAAACAUAGAAUCAUGGGGCAUGGUGGCUAGUCAGAAUUGGACCCCCUUUCUGGAGUAGGACCAUUCCCAGUCAGUAGAGACCAAGCCGUCCAGGUCAAAACUUCAUGCUAAGGCCCUUUACCGAAAGCCAGUGAUUGUAGUGGGCUGCGAAGCUGGCUAGUGGCUCCUGUCAGUGUAUAGAAUAACCUGCUCUCUCUUCUCCCGCUACUGAGAACAUGGAGACUAUAGGUUGGUAUCAUCCUGGAAUCCCAUCCUUCUCCUCACCACUGGCUUACACAGUAUAAUCUUGGGUAAAAGACCCCAGAAAUCUUGGGGUCUCUAUCCCAAAGCAAGCCUGCCUAAGGAGGCCAGUCUGAUCCCAGGAGCACCUAGUCUUUCAUAAACCCAGGCAGCCAGAUAUUCACAGGGAGUCAACACACUCCAGAAGGUCGUGUAAUCUCUAGUAUAUUGCAUGUGUAUGUACAUAUGCGAUUAAGAUCACAUAGGUGGGGGGGGGUGGAGCCUGGAUUUUCCCUUCUUCGUGGUUCUGAUACUUUGCUCUGGAUUAGCACUACCAGCUCUCUGGGUCUCUGCUCUCCAUCUCCCCCUCUGCUGGGCCCAGCCUGUACAUUGUCGCCAGAUGUUAGAAACCGAGUACCGAGUUUGUAGUACCCGCUCUGGAAGGUUCCCCAGCAGUUUCCUUGCACCUCUGGCUCUCACCAGCAUCCUCUCAGCUGUUCUGUGCCAAAUAUGUCUGCACCCCUGGGUUCAUCACAGGGGCCCCUCACCUCAGUAACUAAGCUUCGCCCAUCCUGUUACAAUGUCUUAUAUAUACACUGCUAUUUACAGACCUGACUUGGAUCCUGUGACCCUCUGGCAAGAGUUCUGCCUCAGUCCAGGACAGAAUUGGGGCUAAGGUGGAGGCUUUUCUCCAGAGGCUUGGGCCCUGUUCCAAUGUGGAUUUUGGGGCUAGGAACCUGGGCUUCUCUCUGUGAAUGUAAGGACAGCUCCUCAAGAGAGCCUCGAUGGGAGCCUCUCCCCAAUUCCUGUGGUCAGACCUGGCUCAGCACUUGGCAGCUGUCCCGUGUGGGGACUCAGUCCAACUCUGUUUUUGCUUUUCUUCUUGACCAAAGCAUGUGCCACUAAGCUGUCCUGGAGGACGCCGUCUUUAUGAAACACACCUGGAAUAAAACCACUUCUUACAUGUCCACA